CAUAAACUGCUUACCCACAGCUCAUGCAUAAAACAGCACACGGUGUAGCAGUGAGAAAGAAGCGCAGCACCCAGCCGCACAUUCACACCGCAGACACGCAAACAUGGCUCUUGACAUUGACACUUGGGACCUUGCAUGCGAGUUCAAUAACACAAGCCACCGCACAGAGCUGAAUGGCACCGAUCGCCUGAUAGUGAGGAGAGGACAGCCAUUCACCAUCAACCUCAACCUCCGCUCUGGCUCCUACGAGCCUGGAGUCCAUCAGCUCCACAUCACAGCAGAGACAGGGCCUGAUCCUGUGGAGCAGUAUGGUACCAAAGCUGUGUUUGGCCUGAGUGGUGAUAUUGAUGAUACACAGUGGAGCGCUGCAGUAACCAGUCCUCCUGGGGACAUUGUCUCCUUGUCCAUCUGUUCUGCCCCUGAUGCACCAAUCGGCAGCUACACCAUGAUUCUAGACGGCAGGAUUCAGUUUAAAUUGAUACUACUGUUCAACCCCUGGUGCCCCCGAGAUGCUGUGUACAUGAACAGCGAGAAGAAUCUGGAAGAAUAUGUUUUAGCUCAGGAUGGGAUCAUCUACAAGGGUGAUGCCAAAUAUCCCAUCCCUUCAGCAUGGUAUUUUGGCCAGUUUGAAGAAGGCAUUCUGGAUGUGUGCCUAAGAAUUCUGGAUGUGAACCCUAAGUACCGGCGUAACCCUGGGAAAGAUUGUUCUGGUCGCAGAAACCCUAUUUAUGUCUCUCGAGUGCUUAGUGCUAUGGUGAACAGUAAUGACAGAGAUAAUGGGGUACUGGAAGGCUGCUGGAAGCAAACUUUUGAAGGUGGAGUCAGUCCCAUGUCCUGGAGAGGGAGUGUGGAGAUUCUCAAGACUUGGAACUCCACUUCUUGCCUGCCUGUCCGCUUUGGCCAGUGCUGGGUGUUCGCUGCAGUUGCCUGCACUGUGUCUCGAGCACUGGGUAUCCCCUGCAGAGUGGUGACGAACUACCUCUCAGCCCAUGACACCAACAGCAACCUGGUGAUUGAGCGCUAUGUGGAUGAAAAUGGCCAGCUGCUGAACACCACCAGAGACAUGAUCUGGAACUACCAUUGCUGGGUGGAGAGCUGGAUGGCUCGUCCUGAUCUGAAAGCAGGCUUUAAUGGCUGGCAGGCCAGUGACCCCACACCCCAGGAGAAGAGCGAGGGGGUAUACUGCUGUGGUCCAGUCCCAGUGCAAGCCAUAAAGGAGGGAGAGCUACUGUGCAAGUAUGAUGCCCCGUUUGUGUUCUCGGAGGUAAAUGCAGAUGUGGAGACCUUCCUGAAGUACAAAGAUGGCAACACAAGAAAGAUCAUCACUACUACUGUGGUUGGCCAGGAAAUCAGCACUAAGAGUGUUGGAAGUGACAAGCGAGAGGACAUUACCCAUCUUUACAAGUAUCCAGAAGGCACUGCUGAAGAACGAGAGGUAUUUAAAAACGCCAACCAUCAAAACAAACUUCUAAAACAGCCAGUCAACACCGGCCUACAUGUCACCAUCAAGGUCAGCACGGAAAUGAGGAAGGGCUGUGAUUUUGAUGUCUUUGCCUUGGUUUCCAACCAGACAUCGGUGUUAAAAAAGUGUCGUCUGGUGUUUGCUUCUCGUGCCAUUGCUUAUGAUGGCACUAUAGGGCAGGAAUGUGGAUUUAAAGACCUGCUCAAUGUCGAGUUACAACCUGGAGGAGAGCGGAAGGUCCCACUGAGGCUGAACUACAGUAAAUACUGCAAUGCAAUAACACAGGACAACCUGAUCCGCCUGGGUGCUCUGCUGAUUGACUACAGCACCAGAGAAGGCAUUCUGGCUAUGCGCACUAUUGUCCUUGACAACCCAGAGAUCAAGAUAAGGAUCCUGGGAGAACCCAAAGAGAACCGUCAGCUGGCUGCAGAACUCACGGUGCUGAACACACUGCCAGAGGCUUUAAAUGCAUGCUGCUUCAGCAUUGAGGGAGCCAACCUCACUGGAGGCAAGACUAUUACUAAGAGUAUUUCAACCAGUGUUGAACCUGGACAAGAAGUCAAGGUCAAAAUCUACUUCACACCCACCCAUUAUGGCUUGCGCAAACUACUGGUGGAUUUUAACAGCGACAAACUUGGUCCCGUAAAAGGGUUCAGGAAUGUUAUCAUCGGCAAAUAAAGGUUCUAGAUCACUCCAGCACUUGCUUCAAGGAAAACCAAAUGAAAAUGGCACACAUUGUAGAUCAAGAAUGUUACAAGCCUAAUGUGUCAUUUCUGGGUGCAUGCACAAGUUUGUGUUUGGAAGAAAAAAGGUUUGCACCAAAAGCAUUUUUGUCAGCUGUAUCAAGUCAUUUUAACCAGCGUUUCCAUUUUAACCAACCUUUCUAUUUUAACCAACGUUUCCAUUUUAACCAGCAUGUAAAUCCCCACCAGUUUUGUUUUUAGUUACAUGAGACGGUCAUUAAAUACUUGAAGAAAUGAUGGAUGUUUUCAACGUUAAAGAAACAUUUUAUUGCUAUGGUUUUCCUUUGUAAAUCAGUCCUUGUCCCUGACACAAGUCUCUGUCACUGCUAUGAAUGGUUAAUAUGUAACCAAGCCUUUUUGUUGCUUAUACUGUAUGUGUUUACACAAGUAAGUGCCCUGUGUACAUAUUUUGGAGUAUAAAGCAGGUUGAAAAAGGAAAGCUGAGAAAAUUAUCUUAUUCCCCAGAUGUCUUUGUGUGUCCUACUUGGCUAACUCAGUAUGACAUCAGUGUAACUAUACGGCCUAUAGAUCUUUUAUAGAAUUUUUUAAAUAGGAUUUUUCUUUAUAGGAAGUCUAAACUGCAAUGAUUCUAUAAACAUGUUACUAUCAUCUUAUAACUAAGUGCCUUACUCGACAACUUUAAAUACAGCAUUAUGCUUGAAGCCCUCUUUGCUGCUGACUGUGUAAGCGUCUAGGUUUCUGUAAGGAGGCCAAGUGCUAAAAUGUGACUGUCGGACAGUAUACACAAAUGAUAAUAUUCUAAAUGUUUCCGAUGAUUAGAAGUCAGUGUGUACACCUUUUAUAGUAUUGUUGAAGCAUGUAUUUUUCUGUGAAGCAGUUACUCUCCAUUAAAGUCUUAUAUCACCAAGA